AUGGGGAGAAUCACAAUUCUAGGAGUUCAUUUCAGAAGCGUAUGCAGGAAUGUCCUGUCCCGUUCAUUAAGUGUGGCAGCUAGUGUUCCAUCCCAGAUGGCAACGGAUCAACACAGGUUACAUAAUCAGACAUCAAGUGAAAUAAAUUUAAAUGCGGAGAAUGAAUCUAAGAAUAUUGAAAACGCUCCAGUGCAAAAGGGGAAGACGUUUGCCAUUAUAUUGGUUUACUGUGGUCUUGGAUAUAAUGGUAUGCAGGCGAACACAUUUGCUUCGCCAACUAUCGAAGGUACACUGAUUUCAGCACUGAUAAAAGCUCAGUGUGUCCCAGAGACGUGCUUAUCCAAUUUAAAGGAAGUGCAGUUCCAGCGCUGUGCUCGAACUGACAAGGGGGUUUCUGCAUUGGCUCAAGUAGUUUCUGUGAAACUCUUCAAUUCUUGCACAAAUCCCAUGGAAAAAAUCAACUCAUACCUUCCACCAGAAAUCCGCGUACUAGGCAUAAAGCGAGGGACUAAACGAUUCAAUUCCAAGAAAAUGUGCAAUGCUCGGACGUAUUCUUACACAUUGCCUACAUUUGCACUGUCAAGAAGUGGUGGCGUUUCUCCUGACUCCAGCUUCCGAUUGCCUCGAGAAGACUUCCAUGUGAUUAAUAGGCUUCUCUCAUUCUAUAAAGGAACACGCAACUUCCACAACUUCACAAAUUCUAAAUUGGCUACUGACAAGAGUGCACAUAGGCACAUAAUGGAUAUCUGUUGCUCGGAGCCAUUUGUUCAUCAUGGUGUGGAAUUCACACGCAUCCUGGUAAAGGGAAAUAGCUUCAUGCUGCACCAGAUUCGCAAAAUGGUUUGUCUUGUCAUUGCGGUGGCACGAGGCAUGGUCUCUCCUGACCUCCUCAUUCAUUCUGUGCAGAUGGACAAGGUCAACAUUCCUCGAGCUCCAGGGUUGGGCUUGGUCCUGGAAUUUACACACUUUGACUACUACAAUCAGUAUUGCAUUGACCGCACAUUACAUGAGCCGAUAACUUGGGAAGAGUUUUCACCUGCUAGGGAAGCCUUCAGGGAUGAGAAGAUUAUGCCGGCCAUUAUUGAAGGAGAAUUAAAAGAGCUUUCUAUGUGUCACUGGUUGCAAACAUUUAGCAUGCAUAAUUUUAUGAACGUUAAAGAGAACCAUAAAGUAGUGUGA